AUGUCUCUUCUACCAUUUACAGCCCUCCUGAAGGAAGCCUCUCCGCCUCCAAAAUGUCAAAGGGGGGGCAAUGAAGGAUUUUGGAUACUUUUGGUCGUGUUUGUGCUUACGUCGAUUUGCAGCAAUAUCGUAUUGGCUCAACAGUGUGGAAUCGAAAAAGGAUCUUAUUCUAUCUAUCAGAAGAUGCUAAAGGGACACACCUAUAAGACAUUCAAGACGUGGCCCAAGUCACUGGAUUGUAGAGACGCGUGCCUAUCUGACGUUAGAUGCCAGAGCUAUAAUUUCAUGUUCCUGAAAGACAUCUGUGAACUAAACAACAGAACCAAGCAGGCAAGACCGAAGGACUUUGUAAAAGAUGUUGAAAGAUAUUACAUGGAGAGGAUACCGAGAGUUUCCCUCGGCUCUAUUCCUGAGCUGCCUGCUGAUUCGUGUUCAGAGAUCAAGGCGAGCGAAGGAGGACAAGCGGUCAGCAGUAGUUAUUGGUUGGAUGCAACCAGAUCUGGGAACUCCAUUCUUGCUCGCUGUGACAUGAAAACGGAGGUUGCUGACUACUGCAUCAAGCAUCUGUGGGUGAACAAUGCGAGCUGUGUAAAUCAUCCAGUGAAUUACUUGUGCUGGUGCAAAACUGGAUGGACUGGAAACUAUUGCGGAAAAGAUAUUGACGAGUGCAGCAACGGUGACCAUGGUUGCCAUGGCAAAGCGUAUUGUACCAAUACUAAGGGAGCAUUCAUUUGUACGUGCAAACUUGGUUACCAUGGGGACGGAAAAGUCAGCUGCAAAGAUGUAAACGAAUGCAAAAAGAAUGCUAGUGCUUGCCCAGCUCAGGCGUCAUGUGUCAAUUCUAUUGGUUCAUACCGCUGCAAUUGUCUGUCUGGUUGGAGAAAUCGAGGUGCACAUACCUGCAUCGAUGUUGACGAGUGUCUUGUGGGAUCUCACAGUUGUCCAUCAAAUUCCCGGUGUUCUAAUACUCCAGGCUCCUACCGCUGUAUCUGUUUGGCAGGUUGGAGAAACCAGGGUCCCAGCACUUGUGUUGACAUUGACGAGUGCUCUGAGGGAUCUUACAGCUGCCAAUCAAAUUCACAGUGUUCGAAUACUCCAGGCUCUUACCGCUGUAUCUGUUUGAUAGGUUGGAGAAAUCAGGGACCCAGCACUUGUGUUGACAUCGACGAAUGUUCUAAAGGAUCUUACAGUUGCCAAUUAAACUCACAGUGUGCGAAUACUCCAGGCUCCUACCGUUGUGUCUGCUUGUCUGGCUGGAAAAACCAGGGUCCUAGCACUUGUGUCGACAUUGACGAGUGUUCUGAGGGAUCUUACAGCUGCCAAUCAAACUCACGGUGUUUGAAUACUCCAGGCUCCUACCGCUGUGUCUGCGUGUCGGGUUGGAAAAACCAGGGAUCCAGUACUUGUGUUGAUAUUAAUGAAUGUUCUAAGGGUUCUUAUAGAUGUCAAUCGCACUCCCGGUGUUCGAAUACUCCCGGCUCCUACCGCUGUGUCUGCGUUUUAGUGUUCUGA